AUGGAUAAAGCUGCGGGAGAGUGGGGGAGGUACAAUGGCGAAGAGGUGGCAAACAAGGGCACCGUAUUGGGCGAACUCGACCGCCUCCUGAACAAAGGCGAGCCGCCCGACCUCGAACUCAUUUUUAUCUUGCCCUUUCCAAACCGGACGCUGUUUGGUAAGCCGCUGGCGUACACCAACCCCUUCGGACAUGUAGCUCUGCGCUACCGACUUGCUCCGUCCCAGGAGACGGUGGUGGUGAACGUGAUCGGCUUCGAGUCGCCCCAGAUGGUCAACUUUGUGAAGCCGGAGGACUUCUUCUUCGGCACUCACGGGUGGCAUGUGGGUAACGAGCAGGGCGGCAUCUACAAUCGCAACUUCGUGUCGCUUCGGAUUGAGCGCGUGUCGGCCUGGCAGCUGCAAGAACUGCACACCUUCUUCCUCGAUCUGCACAUGCGAUGGAAGGAGGGUCAGGUCCACUACGUGUUUGGCCUCGACGGCAAGUUGCGGAACAUCAUGUCGCAGCAGUUCAAGUGUGGCAACUGCUCCGAUUGGAUCGGCUACGGGUUGCAGAAGGUGGGCCUGGUUGACGACAUCUCCAUGCUACCGAAAAUACUGUGGAUCAAGAUGUACAAAUAUUUCCUCCAGGCAGAGGUCAAGAUACCCUUCCGGUAUGUUCCUUCUCCCUCUGCCAUGUGA